CCCACUUCCUGACCCAUGGGAUGGGACGGCUUUCCGGGGGUCCUGCUGGAGCCCCGGCCUCUUCUGGUGGCAAGGCAGAGCCCCCUGAACCAGCCCAAGCCCGAUGGGGUGUUACAGGGAGCAACAGGAUCUCCUGGGAACCUGAGACCAGAUCACACGCCCAGCAGGCAUGUGGAGCCCCCUGCGCUGAGGUUGCUGCCGGGCAUGGAGGGCCCAGUGGAGGCGGCCACGGAGGCGCCGGCCCCAAAGGGGAGAGGGCCCAAGGCAGCGCCCUCCGGAGGCGGCGGUGGCGGUGACCACAAGGUCCAGAGAGUGGCCGUGAGCUCAUCGGUCGUCUGGGAGCGAGCAGGGCCCGAGGAGGCCACGGCUCUGGUCGGAGGCGAUGCCACGCCUCCCCCUGGCAGCUCCGCGCCGGGUGCUGGGAGCCCUCCGGGCUGGACGGGCAUGUACCGCACAGACCUGACCUUGCAGCUACUGGCCGUGCGGAGGAAGACGGGGCUGCCGGACCCCAGCCUGCAGCAGACCGUGAGAAGCCAGCUCCGCCUGCUGGAAAAUGACAGCCGGGAGGUGGCCCGUGCACUGGGGGAGCUGUCGGCCAGGCUGCUGUCUAUCCACAGUGACCAGGAUCGGAUCGUGGUGACCUUUAAGACUUUUGAGGAAAUCUGGAAGUUCUCCACCUACCACGCUCUUGGCUUCACUCAUCACUGCCUGGAAAACCUGCUCGUGGACCAGGCCUUCUGGCUGCUCUCCCCCAGCGAGGACGAGGAGACAGCCGUCCAAGUCCACGUGGACCAGCAGGCCUUGAUGCUGACACAUGAGAGCCUCCUCGCCCAGGAAGGUCCUUUCUUCGUCCUGUGUCCUGACCACCGUGUGCAAGUGAAGAGCAGCCCCCGGGGUGCAGCGAGCGGCCCCCAGGCCCUCAGGCGUGCCUCGGGGGUCCCCCAGGGAGAGGCAGCCCCGGCAGCGGGCUCUUCUGCUCCUGGCCCCGGCACGUUCUGCGAGGAGGUGGCAGCAGCAGCCGCUCCAGAAACCUUGAUUCCAUUUCAUCAGUGGGCUCUUCGGGUCCCCUGGGACCCCGUCGACGACUCUGUGAGUGGACCGGUGACGUCGGACAUCCCACUAAUGGCUACGGGCCUGGCCACGGCGGUGGCAGACUACCAGGGAUCCGGGCCUGAAGAGAUGACCUUCCGAAGCAGCGACGUCAUCGAGAUCCUGGGCGCCCAGAUGCUGGAAAAUGUGAUUUUUCUCAAUGAGGAAGAAAGGUCAUUCUUCAGCAAUGAAGGACGCUUUUCUGAGGAGGACGCCAGGCAGCUCCUGAGCAGGGCUUCUGGCGCAGACGUCUGCACCGUGUACAGCCUGGACAGAUUAGAAGAAGCCGAGUUGGAACAGCUAGAAGAACAAGAAAUGCCCCUGCCUUGCCUGCACCCAGAGCCAUGCGAGACCCUACAGAAGGUGAAGAAUGUUCUAGAACAGUGCAAGUCUGGCCAGGCCUGCCCUGAGGAGCCAGUGUCCUGGGGUCUGUGCACGGCAUCCAGUGGUACAAGCUCACCGGACAGCGAGGAGCCCUCCUUCUGCUUGGACUCGGGGGCUGACUGGGCCCACCCAGAGGCCCUGGGCUCGCUGCUGCUGUUCCUGGACGCGCCUGGGUACAAGGCCUGCUUCCGUGGCCUGUAUGACCCUGCCCUGCCGGGGCUGAGUACCUUGUUCUGUGGCUUCACCGACGAGGAGGUGCUGGCGGAGCUCCUGGCUCAGGCCCGGGGGGUGGCCAAGAAGGCCGGCUUCCCCAUGGCCCUCGCCAGGCUCUGCUUCCUCCUGGGGCGGCUCUGUGCACGCAGGCUGAAGCUGUCCCAGGCCCGCGUGUACUUUGAGGAGGCUCUGGGGGCGCUGGGGGGCCGCUUUGGCGACCUCUUCCUGGUGGUGGCCGUGUACGCCAACCUGGCCACCGUUCACCUGAAGCAGAAAAACAGGGACAGGUGCGCGCAGGUCGUGCCCAAGGCCUUGGCCCUGCUCCUGGGGACACCCGGCCAUGUCUGCAGCACCGAGGCCGAGUCGGAGCUCCUGAGGCUUGCCCUGCGGCGGGCCAUCCUCGGCCGGAGCCCCCACGCCGAGGCCCGGGCCUGCUUCCUGCUGGCGCAGCACCACGCUCGCCUCAAGCAGCCGGAGGAGGCCCUGCCCUUCCUGGAGAGGCUGCUGCUGCUGCACGGGGCCUGGGGCUCUCCGGAGGCCUCGUGGCCCGCGGCCGGCUACCUGCUGCUGGCCGACAUCUACAGCCGCCGCUGCCUGCCGCACCUGGUGCUCGGCUGCGUCCGGGUGGCCUCACUGCGGGCCCGGGGCUCGCCGGGCAGUGCGCUGCGCAGCGUGGACCUGGUCCUCCGGAACUCUCCCCGGCUCCACCGGCCGCCCUCCCAGACGGCGCACUACCUCAGGCAGGCGCUGGCCUCGCAGGCCCCGGGCGCGGGGCGGGCGCUGCGCGGCCCCCUCUGUGCCAGCCUGGCCCAGCUGCACAGCCGCCACGGGCAGCAGGCCCGGGCCAUCUCCUUCAUGAUGCAGGCCGUGGAAGCGGCCACGGGGGCCGGCGGCCGCCUGGCCGUGGACUACGUGGUGGCGCUGGCCUGGCUGUACGUGCUACACGGCCAGAGCCCGGUGGCCCUGGACAUCCUCGAGUCCGUCCUGGACGUGGCCGUGGCCAGUGUGGACCAGGAGGGCGUGGUCGCCAACAUGGCGGCCGUGGCCCUGAAGAGGAUGGGCAGGACCCGGCAGGCGGCCGAAGGCUACUACCGCGCCCUGCGUGUGGCCAGGACCCGGGGCCAUCUGAGGAACCAGGCGGUGGCCCUGGCCAAUUUCGGGGCCCUGUGCCUGCAGGCGGGCGCGGAGGGCCUGGCACAGCACUACCUCCUGCAGGCCGUGAGGCUCUUCUCGCGGCUGCCCAGCAGCGAGUGCGGCCAGGACUUCACCUGGGUGCUCCUGUGCCUUGGCCACCUGUGCACCCGCAGGGCCCUUGCCCGGCAGGGCAAGUGCUACUAUGAGUGGGCCUUUCUGGUCGCCGUGGAGACGGACCACUUGGAGGGCCAACUGCGAGCUGUCCAGCGGCUGUGUCACUUCUAUAGCACCGUCAUGCGCAGCGAGGCCCAAUGUGUCGUCUACCACGAGUUCCAGCUCUCACUGGCCCGCAGGGUGGCUGACAAGGUGCUGGAGGGGCAGCUCCUGGAGACCAUCAGCCAGCUCUACCUGUCACUGGGCACCGAGCGGGCCUACAAGUCCGCCCUGGACUACACCAAGCGCAGUCUGGGGAUCUUCAUCGACCUGCAGGAGAAGGAGAAGGAGGCGCACGCCUGGCUGCGGGCCGGGAAGAUCUACUACAUCCUCCAGCAGAACGAGCUGGUGGAUCUGUACAUCCAGGUGGCGCAGAAUGCGGCCUUGUACACGGGGGACCCCAACCUGGGGCUGGAGCUGUUUGAGGCGGCUGGGGACAUCUUCUUCAAUGGGACCUGGGAGCGGGAGAAAGCCGUGUCCUUCUACCGGGACCGGGCGCUGCCGCUGGCCGUGACCACAGGGAACCAGGAGGCCGAGCUGCGUCUGUGCAACAAGCUGGUGGCGCUGCUGGCUGGACUGGAGUCGCUGCACGAGGGCCUGGAGUUCGCCCAAGUGGCCCUGGCGCUCAGCAUCACCCGGGGGGACCGGCUGAAUGAGCGAGUGGCCUACCACCGGCUGGCUGCCCUGCACCAGCGGCUGGGCCACGGCGAGCUGGCGGAGCAUUUCUACCUCAAGGCUCUGUCGCUCUGCAGCUCGCCCCUGCAGUUCGAGGAGGAGACCCUGUACUACGUGAAAGUGUACCUGGUGCUUGGCGACAUCAUCUUCUACGACCUGAAGGACCCCUUCGACGCGGCCGGCUACUACCAGCUGGCGCUGGCGGCGGCUGUGGACCUGGGCAACAAGAAGGCCCAGAUGAAGAUAUACGCACGCCUGGCCACCAUCUACCACAACUUCCUCCUGGACCGCGAGAAGUCCCUCUUCUUCUACCAGAAGGCCAGGACCUUUGCCACCGAGCUCAACAUCCGCAGGGUCAACCUGGUCCCGGAGCGGGGCUGGGGGCGGGCGCCCUGGCUGGCCCCCAGUGCCCUGCCCUGAGGACCCCUGUCCCCACGGGAGUGGGCUCCCCGCCUCUCCUAGUGUUUCUGUGAGGCUCAGUUUCUGGGAAACGGAGGCACAGAGGUGGGGGGCACAUAGCAACACGUGAUCUCGCAGGAGCCCACAAGGCCCCUCCCCUGCUCUGCCUCCAGGGGUGUGUCCAGGGACUGGGCCCCGUCCCCGGGGACCCGCCCUGCUGCUGCACCUCGUCCAGUGCGAUGAGCUGGAAGGACUGACCUGGGCCAGGCCCCCUGCCGGCCCCUCAGAUCCCAGUUCCCCCAAGUCAAAGUGAAUACAGUGGUGAGAUUCCCUGGGCGUCUUCUCCUUGCCGGUGCCCUUGCUGUGGGUCCGGCUUGGGCACUGCCUCUGGUCCUCAAACUGACUUCACUGGGCCUGCACGGUUGGGACUGUUCCUGUCUCCAUUUCCAGUGGAAGGGACGGAGGCACAGAGAGGGUCGGUGCCUGGCCCACUGUCACACAGCAGGUUGUACCACCUGCCUGCCUGCCUAAAGGGAUGCGUCUGCCAUCCUACCCAAGGGCAGGUCCAAGAAGAGGAUGGUAGCAUGUCAGUGUCCCUCCCGAGGGCAACAGAAACAGGGCCAGGGGAGGGUGGCCCAGUGCCCCCGACCUGAGUGUCCCUGGCGCAGCCCCCCCAGCCCCGUGUGGGCUCUGCUGCUGAGCGUGUUUAAGGCUCAUCUGGGCCGCCAAGCGCCAGGAAUCCUCCAUUUACAGGCAGGGAAACUGAGGCUCAGAGAGGCCAUGGGUCUCCCGGCUGGCUCUCACCCACUCGGCGUUCUUUCAGUCUCCUCUUUUUCUUUAAUUUAUUUUGUUAAAUAAGGUGAAAUUCACAUAAAAUUAACCAUUUAAGUGGA